AUGACGACGACGACGAUGAUGCGCGAGCAGCGACCACGCGUUGUCCGUACGACUCAAGCGUCGAACGAUGAAGACGCGUCGUCGUCGUCAUCGAUAAAAACGACUUCAAAUCCAGCGUUGAAAGCGGCGUGGUUCGCGUCGGAACAGUUCGGGAAAGCGAUUGGUGGUGGUAAGAGUAACUCUUCCGCGACUGUUCUUGAGAAGCAGGAAGAGAACGUGAUGACGACGAGAGCGGAGACGAUCGAUUCGUUGGCGAAAGAUUACGAGAAAAAUUACUUCAUAGGAGGCGAAAGCGAGAUGAAAGCGUACUCGAGUUCGUGCGUUUUCGCGGACCCGUUCGUCUCGUUUACCGGGUUAGAUCGAUUUAAACAAAACGUUGGGAACUUAGGGACGUCUUUACGAGACGUGGAGUGUAAGGUGUUGAAAACGGUGGAUAACGGGGUUGGGGGUGUUAUUUUCUAUUGGAAGUUUUCGGCGGUGGUUGACGCUUUGCCAUGGCGACCGAAGUUAGCCGCGAGCGGGAACACGACGCACGUUUUAGACGAUGCAAAUAAAGUGGUGAAACACAUCGAAGCGUGGGACGUGGACCCGUGGGUGGUUCUGAAGAAACUGUUAGUGCCGGCGUCGAAGUUACCGGAGAAUAAGUGGGAGCUCGGGAUGCUGGCGGUAUCGCAGCGAGAUGGCUUUGGCGCGUUGCAAGCUAUUUCAGAACCCGGGGUGAAACUGUUUGCGGCGUUAUUCGUCUUAGAAAAGUUACCCGGGGUAAACUUAGGUGGGUUUGAGGCGUUUACGUCGUUGAUGCUUGUGGCAACGGCGGUUACGGAAUUUUGGGCGCUGCUCAUUUCUUUCGGUGUCGUGAAGAAGUAA